UGUUGGUGAUAAUCGGUCAACAAGCGGACCGGAGGGAGGCUGGAGGGUUCAGGGCAGCAUGUUUACAGCUACUCAUACACCUAAUUAGUUCUCUCAGACUAUUUACUCGCUUUUUUUUAAUCCCGAAACGACAGUGAGCUCGUUUCAGGGCGGACAAUGUUUUUGUGUCGCCCGGGGAGGCUGUCUGCAGCGGCUCUGGAUCAGGCUUUCAGGUCAACGGGCUCGUUUCUAGUGCAAGUUAAAGCAAACAGACUGGGGGACGUCACUUUGACAUUACGCAAGGACUACACGUCUCAGGGACACCGGUGUUUCUGUGCAUCCGUCGGGGGUGGCGACUCAACUCGUGCGCACCUGCGGAAACAACAACAACAACAACAACCGGACCAGAACCGGGACUCAUCGUCUGCUUUUGUAAUCACAGACUGGAGUCACUUGGACCGGGUGGCUGUGAAUCUCUCCAAACGCGUGCAAAGUGAAGGCGGUGGUAGAGAUAUUGUCAGACAGCCGCUGCUCCGUGCCAACAGGCGCCACAGCAGCGGAGGGGAGCCGGUUGGUAAUGUUUUGUUUAGAGGUAACUGGGGGGUUUCCAGUCUACGCUGCUCCACCAGGACCAUGCAGACCAGAGCCUCGUCCACGACGAAGCGCGACCCCGGCGAGGAGCAGACGGUUGACAGCAACAAAGGGGAGGAGCAGAAUUUAAAGGAGGCCUCUACAACCUCCUCAUCCACCUUGAAUGCCCCUGGGAAGCCAGAGGCAGAGGCAGGAAAACCCAACAAGACCCAGCAGUUAAAGAAAGUCUUCAAAGAAUAUGGAGCAGUGGGAGUUUCCUUUCACAUCUGCAUUUCCCUCAUGUCCCUGGGAAUGUUCUAUCUCCUCAUAUCCAGUGGGAUCGAUAUGACAGCCGUGCUGUGCAAACUGGGCUUCAGCGAGGCGGUCGUUCGGUCUAAAAUGGCAGCAGGGACGAGCACGUUCGUCUUGGCCUACGCCAUCCACAAGCUCUUUGCUCCAGUUCGCAUCAGCAUCACUCUGGUGUCUGUACCUCUCAUCGUGCGCUACUUCAGAAAGACUGGUCUCUUUAAACCGCCCACACCUGCACCCUGAUGACCCUUCUCUACUCCUCCGCCGUCUCAUUAGGCAACAGACAUCCUGACUGUUAAUGGCCAUAAUUAAAACGCGUGUAUACAUUCUUACUCAUUGCCUGCAUCUAGAAAUGCCUCGUCGUUUCUCAGUUGUCGUGAAUUCAGGGAAAAUGUUUGCUACAUUAGUUCCAGUUGUGACAGAAUCAAAGUGUUAAAUUGUGUUAAUGUAGGAUUAAAUAGUCUGAAGUUUAAGUGUAUCAUAUGUCAUGCCUUAAUAUAUGUGCAUUCCAAAAACAAGAAACAAAGGCUGAAAAAGCUAAAAACUAUUUAUUUACAAUCAGAUUUAUGAUCAGGGAUUUUAAGUUGUAGUCAUAAUAUCUUUCAGUAGGCAGGUUUGUCUCUCAGUGCUGUGAAUGUUCCCCGUGGGGACAAGUGGAAAAAGCUGAUCUCUCCUCCACUGUUCGCUGUUAGCUGACUAGGCCAUGUUCUGGUGUUAUGUGAAUCAGCAGAAUUAUUUGGGUUCUCUCCCCUCUCUCCCCCCUCUCUCCCCUUUUCUGUCCAUACUUAGCUCACACUCUCUCUCUCUCUCUCUCUCUCUCCUACCCUGUUUUUAUUUUCUGCUGUUUUGCUUGCUUCUUAUUUUUCCUUCUCAGCGUCUCUCCUGGCAUCCAUUUUCCUUUCCCCUUAUAUCACUUUGCUGUUCCUCUCCUCUCCUCUCUUUUUCUCCCCAUCUUCUCUCCAUCUUGUUCUUUAAUUUUGCAAAUUUGCUGCCCAUGCAUUAAUUGGGAGUACAUCAAUUUCUGAGUGAAGCUGAUUGUAGGUUAUUGCAAGCUAUGGAUGAAGACUGUUGCUUUGUGAAGGUUUUUUUUGUGUCUGUAUUUAACUAUUAAAAGGGAUGUUCUCUAUUA